AUGGCUACAUCUUUUGGGUUUAGAUUCGCGUCGACUGCAGCUCGUUCCAAUGUCAGUCGUUUAUUCGUUCGACAGCAUCGUCAAGUUUCCACUCGUACUACUCAGCAUACUCUGAACACCGGCGCAAAGAUUCCUGCGAUUGGAUUUGGAACUUUCCAAGAUCCGGAUGCUCAAGAAGCUGCAGUUACAUUGGCUUUGCGUCUUGGAGUUAGAAACAUUGAUACGGCAAGAGUCUACGAUACCGAAAAGCAAGUUGGUAAUGGAAUCAAGAAGAGUGGAGUUCCUCGAGAUCAAAUUUUCCUUGCUACCAAGCUAUGGCGCAACUCUUAUCAUCCUGACGAUAUUGAGCCUGCUCUAAAUGCUUCUCUGAGCGAUCUUGGAACAGAUUACAUUGAUUUGUUUCUGAUGCACUAUCCAUGCACAUUUGCUCGUGGAAAUGAUCGUUUUCCCAAGGGUGAAGAUGGCCUCAUGAUCAUGGGUGAGACAACAUAUCUCGAUACCUGGAAAGCCAUGGAAAAGCUUGUCAAAACUGGCAAGAUCAGAGCAAUUGGGGUCUCUAAUUUUAAUCAGAAAGAGAUUCAGAAUCUCAUUGAUAAUAGCGACACGGUCCCAGCAGUACAUCAAAUGGAAGUCCAUCCAUAUCUUCAGCAACCUCGGUUCAACAAAUGGCUUGCCGAAAAAGGUAUCCACGUCAUUCAAUUCAGCCCUCUUGAUAACAUGAACAACUUCUAUCGUGACGUCCAUUGGAGCAAAUCAGAAUCACAUAUGCCUCGCUUGAUUGAUCAUCCGGUACUGGUCGAGAUUGGAAAGAAAUAUAACAAGUCACCAAUUCAAAUCGCUCUGGCCUGGGGAAUUAACAACGGACGUACUGUUAUUCCGAAGAGUGUCAUUGAUUGGCAAAUAAAGGAAAAUUUGGAGGCUGAUUUUGAGCUGGAUGGUGAAGACAUGGCUAAAAUUGCGACCAUGGAUAUCAAAACAAGAUUCAAUGACCCAAGUGAGUACUACAGAUGGAAUCUGUAUGAGGGAGAGGACGGAAAAUAGUUCUUCUUAUCUUGACAAUGAAAAGUCUCUAGCCAUCAUUAAUAAUAAUCAGCCCGAGAAUUGCAAGUCUCAUGCGAAUCAAGCAUAAAGAUUAUGUUCCUCUAUUUCUAGUUGACAUAUGUCC